AUAAAUUAAAAAAAAAGGACAGCAUGUAUUGGUUGAAAAAGUUGAACGUUUAUUGUGGUGUGUGUCUAGUCCUUAUUGUGUUCGUGACAUGUGCGGAUACCAAAUCGUUGCCUUCGUUCAAACAUUUGUUUGCCAACAAAACCUCUCCUAGGAAUAUUCAACUGACCGGUGUACAACAAUUACAGAUUUUACGUCAUCUUAUAAAGGAUUGCGAAAAUUCUUCUUCAAAUACAACGAUUGCAAAAACAUCAUGGCAAUGUCUGAAAGUAACAAGUUUGUAUCUACUUGACGAUGUAAUCUCACGAGAUAUUGUACCAGUAUGGAAAGGAGUUCGAUUUGUACGCAUGCAGCAGCCGUACCGAAAUAACCAUUCGAGUUAUAUAAAUGAGUCCCAAGAAAGUGAUUUAUGGAAACGCAAGGAUCUGCAGUAUUUAACAUGGUUCGAUCGCUUGGCAUUAAGUUUUACUCGACUUUUAUGGACCCAUAAGUUGGAGAUAAAUUUGAAACAGUUAACAGAUGCCUAUAUAGCAAUGGGAGGUUACCGAGAUACCUUUUCAAACUCCAAUUCCUCUGAUCCUGUGGGUACUGCACGCCAUAGGCAUCAACGCUAUAACAUGAUGCUGACCAUGAUGUUUGGGGUCACAGCUUUUGGAGCUGUGCUAGUACCCAUGGGUUUUCAAUUUCUAUCCAUAGUCAGCGGCAAGGCUUUGCUAUUGGCCAAAAUGGCUCUCUUAUUGGCAUCCAUCAAUGGCCUGAAACGAGUUGCCAACAGUGGGCUCCACUAUGGACUCUAUCAUGUUCCCGGUGAGCAUUAUGGUGGCAUUUACGAUCGUGGAGAUCUACAUCAUCCCAGAAAUGUACAAGGCGUUCUAGGGGUAGCGGGACAAAGACCACAUGAGGUGGGAUUAAGUGUUAAGUAAAUUUCCCCAGUUUGACAUAGAGAGAUAUGGCAACCCAUUACUAGGGGGAAAUAUGGUAAAAGCUUUUUUAUGCUGGUUCUUGUAGCAGAUAAUUUCAAUAAACUAAACUUAGCCAAGUUCUAAACCUUUUAAGGGAAAUUUGUA